CCCAAUCCAAUCCGAGUCGGCUAGUCUGAUUCGGUCUUUACGUCUUACGACGGAAAUCGUGAGCGGUUACGACCAUGGUAUAAAGAUACAAGGUGAAACGUUGCGCAUGUAACCAAUUUUUUGGGGCAAACUGUUCGUUGGUUCUUCCUGCAUUCAACCGCAAUGAUUUGCAGUCUGAAGGUUGGUGCAAAUUUCUCAUUGGUCAAAUUCGGCAGUUUGGGCCACUUCGGGUUGGUUGACACUGCGCACCCACCAGAUUGCUUCACCUUGUGCCUUUACACCAUGGUUACGACAAACUUUCUCGUGGAAAUUUAUCAGGUGUUACCGAUCGUUACGAAGGAAGGUCCGAGUCGCGCGGGAGAAAUCAACAACUCGCGGUAUCCGUGGUAACUCGACGAGUCGCAGGCGCUCAAAGGGGCGCGUCAGCGGGGGACAACCGUCAGGGUCGUGAGAUCGGAGUAGCAAUUGGAGGUGAUUGGCGUGCGCGCUCUCGGAGGAUCCGACAAAUCCGGUUCGAUCUCCGCUCGAUCGCCGCCGCUCCGCAUUACUCCGCGACCGUCGUCUCCGUCGGAAAUACGUGGGGAGCGCAGGAACGAAGGGGGGUAACCUGCGCGCACAAUUCGCGGUGUAAAUUCUAGGAUCUCGCCUCCCCCCCUCGCGCAUUCGUUAUCAUGGGCAACGAGGAGGUGGAUGUAAUCAGCGUCGCGGAGAGACCCGAGAAAAAGACUCUGCUCGAGAGGUACAACAUACCGGUGGAGCACAUCUCGUACGAAUUCAUAUCGCGGUGCACCAACGGGAAAACACUGGAGCGAAUCGUUCUCAUCCUGCGUUCUGGGGAAGAGGGAGAGUAUCCAGAUUUGACGAGGCACGCGGAGGAGUGUCUCGCUAGGAUUAAACCGACGAGCGCCGUUCUGAGGAAGGCGGAGCCCGUGUUGCGGCGAAAUAUGUUAAACGCGGACGAACGGCAGGAAAUCGACGACGACAUCGGCAAUUGGACGUGCGAGAUGCAAUCUCGCGAGAAGGAUUUAGACGAGGGAAAAGCCGUCCUUGCCAACGAGCCCCGUCCGCAGCCGGAAAUACGGAAGAUUAAGACGAAUACCGCGAAAGACAAAAAGACGAGGCUCAACGAGAAGAAGCGUGAUAAGCCCAGACGAAUUGCCUCGUGCGACUAUGCAUCUUGGGAUAAAUACGACGUCGACACGGAGAUAAACAGGAUAGACCUGCGGGAUGAGCAGCGACAGGCCGAAAUGAAGGAAAUCCAGGAACAGCAAAAGGAGCGGGAUAAGAUGAAUGAGAUGGCGCAUAAAAUGACAGUCGAUAAACUUUCAUUAACCGGAACGGAAAUUAACGUGAUGGCGGAGCAAGAGAGAGAAAAGGGGAACGAAGCCUUCCGAGCGGCUGAUUACGAGGAGGCUCUUCGGCAUUACAACGCCAGCAUCGACGCAGACUCGAAUCUAAAUGCCUACAAUAAUCGUGCUAUGACCUUUAUAAAGCUGCAGCGUUACGAGGACUCGCUUAACGACUGCAACACGGUGCUCGCUAUGGAUUACAGAAAUAUCAAAGCGCUCCUUCGCCGAGCGUUGUCCCUGGAGCAUCUCGAAAAGCCGCACGAGGCCUUAGCAGAUUACGAAGCCGUUUUAAAAUUGGAGCCAACGAACAAAGUGGCAAUAUCCGGCGUGAGCAAGCUGAGAAAACCGCGUGACUCGAAGAAAAUAAGGAUGAAGAUCGAGGAAAAUAUGAACGACGACAAAGACAAGGGCGAGCGUAUAAAGACUCGGGAAGCUGCGGGAGCGGGUAGCAUCGAGCGUCCGAAACUGCGUGUUAACAACGAUAUAUGUUAUUGCGACAGAGCGCCGGGCUCGUCGCGAAGUAUUGCAACGAAGCCGCACUUGAAGGCGAGUUACUGCGUGGAAAGCGAGAGCAACAAAGCAACAGCGGCGACGCCGGCGAAUAAAAGCAACGAGAAAGCAACGCGCGACUCAUCGAGCGGCGAUAAAUUAUCACCUGUUGCGCGGGAUUUCGGCGCCAGAAAUAAAACGACGAGAUCGCGAGGCGCCGCCGGCACCGACGAUAUUUUCGCGAUUUCGCGCGAGUCAUUUCCCGGGCUGCGUGUCGCGAGGGGCGGCAGGCUGGAAAAGUCUAUUUUUUCGUGCGUGUCGUCGCCUGUCGCGGCUAAAACGAAGCCGUCCACGGUUAUCAUCGAGGAGCUUCCGAGCGACGAGGCGUGCGAGAAGAAGGCGGAAACGAGGAAGGACUUGGCGAGAGGAAAAGGUGCAUCGACAAAGAAAUCAUGCGCGAAUAACAAUAAGGAAUCGAUCUCUCUCGAAAAAGAGAGCACGGCUAAAGUGAGCUUGACGCCCAGCGGGAGUCAGGCAGCUGACGAGUGUGAGAGAUCGAGGAAAAUUGUCGAUUCCAGCGAGACAAAGGCGGAAACGAGGAAAAAGGCGAUUGGGGAAAAAGAUACGUCGCUAAGCGAACGAUCGAACGUAGGCAAGAAUAAAAAGUUAAUUUCUCUCGAAAAGGAAGGCAAGACUAAAGCGGACACAUCGGGCAAAACUACCACUAGUCGAAAGGACAGCAAAUUGGAAAUGGAUCUUCGGAAGUUAGACAACGUCGAGUCUCCCUACGAAUUUCUACGUCUGUGGCAGUCCAUGAAGGACGACGUUGAUCUGGAGCUGCCCGCGAAACUUUUGCGACGCAUAGCACACGAGGAUAUGAAUAAAAUCAUAGGCAACAAGCUGGACGCGGCGAUGUUCAGUCUCAUUCUGCGUUGCUUGGACCAGCAAUUCUGCACGCCGCAGGACACGGGGUUGCUCGCGAGCCUGCUGCACUCUCUGAGCCGACUGAGUCGGUUUUCCAUCGUCGUCAUGUUCAUGGAUCCCACGGACAAGAGAGCCUUGGAAAAUAUAUUUCGCUUCCUGGAAAGGGAGGACUCGCCCGAGGUCCCGCAGUUACGCCGGAUUUACGUUACCUGAAGACCGCGUCACCGCCACGUCCAGCGCGCACGUUAACGCAUACGUUAAGCUAUUUGAUAAGAGACAAAGGCGGCGCACGCAAAUGCGCGCGUGGAGCACUCACCGUGAGCCGAGCGGGUGCGCGUCGCGGGCGAAGAGCGGCGACUUCCGCCGUCGCGGCGACCAUCGGUGCGCCCGGACGAAUCGAUCCCCUCGGCGAGCAGGAAACCACGACCGGCGGCUCAAGCAGCUCCGAGACGGCCGUCCGCGUCGCCA